AAUGUAGAGUGUGUAUAGGAGUGGGAGUUUUACCAACUGUCCUUAAGCUAACCAACUGUCCUUAAUUUAAAAGGUAAAGGAUACCCAUUUGAUGUGAUUGUCUAGUUGUGUAGAGGAUGGUGCUCAUUUCCAUUACUAAGCCGAGGGAGCUAGAAAUAAAGAUGACUUAUGCGGCCAGCAUGACUAAAUGCCAAGGCACAUGGAAUGCUGUUACCUUCCCACCAAAGUGGUACCUAUUAAGUGGUACUUGCACUUUUAGAUGCUCAACAAACUCAGCAUGCUGGCCUCAGUUUGGAUAGCUAUAGCAUUGACCUUGGGUUUGCAUUUUAAUGACGGGAAGUAAAAUUAACUGUUCAAAAAUGUUGAGAUUUGAUAAGACCCAGUGUGAUGUAGUGGUUUGAGCAUUGGACUCUCUUGAGAUCAGGGUUAGAAUCCCAGCUUGGCCAUAGAAACCCACUGGAUGACCUGGGCUAGUCAUACUCUCUUAGCCUCAGAGAAAGACAAAGAUAAACCAUCUGAACAAAUCUUGCCAUGAAGAGCCUGUGAUAGGUCGGCCUUAGAUGUCCCAUGAGUCAGAAAUGACUUCAAGCAUACAACAACAAGACGUUUGCUGCAACUUUGAGAUCUGAUAUUGUUGAAAGUGCUGCAGAUGGGAACCCAUUAUGUAAAGCAUUAAGGGUGUUGCAUCAUAAUUUCUCUCUCUCUCUCUCUCUUUCUUAAAUGUGCGUACAGUUUUCCCAUAUCAGUUAUGACCUAUUUCACCCAUAAGGGGAUUCUUUUCACCACUCUGGGCAGCUCACAGAAAACGUUGAUCUCUGUGGAAAAUGACUUCCAGCUGUUGGAUGAUGAUGUAGUGACUGUCACCUAUCCAAAGUCAGGUACCAACUGGAUGCUUGAGAUCUUGGGCCUGGUCCUACGUGGUGGGGACCCCUCAUGGGUGCGCAGUGUGCCAGUGUGGUAUCGGUCACCAUGGAUUGAGACUGAUGUUGGCCUGAAAGCAGCCUUGAAUUAUCCUCCACCCAGAUGUCUGUCUUCUCACUUGCCAUUCCAGCUUUUUCCUAAAUCCUUUCUCAAAUCGAAGACCAAGGUUAUUUAUGUCAUGCGUAAUCCCAAAGAUGUGCUGAUCUCACAUUACUACUUUUCCAAGGCGUUUAAAGGAUUCAAAGAGCCUGGAACUAUGGAAGAGUUCAUGGAGACGUUCCUGAAGGGGGAUGUUCCAUAUGGUUCCUGGUUUGAUCACGUGAGAGGCUGGCUGGAGAUGAAGAACAAAUCCAAUGUCUUCUUCUUCACCUACGAAGAGCUGCAGCAUAAUCCUCGAGGCAGUGUUGAGAGACUCUGCCAGAUCCUUGGAAAGGACCUGAAUAGUCAGCAGAUAGACUCUGUGCUGGAAAAUGCCUCUUUCCAGAAGAUGAAGGACAACAACAUGUCCAACUUCACCCUUGUGCCAGAAGGCCAUUUUGAUCACAACAUAGGGAAGUUCAUGAGAAAAGGGAUCUCUGGGGAUUGGAAGAACCACCUGACAGUGGCACAGAAUGAAUACUUUGACCGUGUUUAUCAGGAGAAAAUGCAGAAUGUGAAUGUAAACCUACAAUGGGAUUGAAGAACCCCAGGCUCCUCUAUCUGCUGCUCGGUUUCCUAGUUCUGUAGGACCACAAUCCUACAUGAUUCAGUGUAGUGUCAUAGUUUUGCAUGCUGAGGCAGUGCCAUCACUUAGGUUGGCAUCACCUGGUAUGAAAACUCAUGGUGUCACAAC